AUGUCGUUUGGCAAGCUACAACUACAACUACUAUCGCUGAUUGUCCUUCUAACGAGUGUCGUGGCGGAUGUUGAACGAACAAUUUACUAUAACAAUGUGCCACCAAAUGCGGCCGGUUUGUAUUCGUUUGAGUUUCAAACCACCAAUGGCAUAACCACAAAGGGAGCUGGCAAUGAACACGGUGCGGUUGGUGUGGUUCAAUAUGUCUCCCGAGAGGGUAUACCCAUUACCUUCUCCUAUGUGGCGGAUGCGAAUGGUUAUCAGCCGACAGGUGAUCAUUUGCCAGCGAUUCCUCCACAUGUCCUUAAGCAAUUGGAAUACAUACGAACGCAUCCUCAAGUCGAUGAGCGUAAAUCGAGACGUUGGUGA